AGAACAUCAACUUACUGUGUCAUCAUGGAAAAAUCACUCCUAAAAGACUCAUCUACUUAACAUUUGGAUGGAGUGGUCUUAGUAGGAACCCCUAUUCAGUCUUCUACAUAAGGAUUUUAUCAUGCUGUUGGAACAAGUGGCAAUGCUCCCGGCAUAGGAACCACAGAGACCUUUGGGAUAUCCCAAUUCUGAGAGAAUGCUGGGAUUCUGCAGGGGGAGAAGGAAGUUCCUGGCAGCGUCUCUCACUCUCCUUUUUGUUCCAGCAGUCACCUGGAUCUAUCUGUUCACUGGACGUUUUGACGAUGGAAAGUCUGUCUCCUUGUCAUCACUGGAUACCCAGCCUCACAGUCCGCGAUAUGCAGCUUCCAGCCAGCGGGAGAGCCUGGAGGUGCGUGUCCGGGAAGUGGAGGAAGAGAAUCGCGUUCUUCGCAAGCAGCUCAGUCUGGUGAAGAGUCGGAGUUCAUCGCAUCGCCACGGCAAUCGGACGAAAACUUACUCCAUGGAGGAAGGCACAGGAGACAGUGAGAGCUUGCGUGCUGGCAUUGUGGCUGGUAACAGUUCAGAGUGUGGCCAACAGCCUAUGGUGGAAAAAUGUGAGACCAUUCACGUCGCCAUAGUGUGUGCAGGUUAUAAUGCCAGCCGGGACGUGGUCACACUGGUCAAGUCCGUCUUGUUCCACAGGAGAAACCCACUACACUUCCACCUCAUCGCUGAUUCCAUUGCCAAGCAGAUCCUGGCCACACUCUUCGAGACCUGGAUGGUUCCUGCAGUGCGUGUGGAUUUUUAUGAUGCAGAUGAAUUGAAGUCGGAGGUUUCGUGGAUUCCCAACAAGCAUUACUCAGGAAUUUAUGGGCUCAUGAAGCUGGUACUCACCAAGACUCUUCCUGCCAGCCUGGAACGGGUCAUCGUCCUGGACACUGACAUCACUUUUGCCACAGAUAUAGCUGAGUUGUGGGCUGUUUUUCACAAGUUCAAAGGACAACAAGUUCUGGGGCUUGUGGAGAAUCAGAGUGACUGGUACCUUGGAAAUUUAUGGAAAAACCACCGACCAUGGCCGGCACUAGGCAGAGGAUACAACACAGGGGUGAUUCUUUUGCUCCUGGACAAGUUACGCAAGAUGAAAUGGGAACAGAUGUGGCGUCUGACAGCAGAAAGGGAACUGAUGAGCAUGUUAUCUACCUCCCUGGCUGAUCAAGACAUCUUUAAUGCUGUCAUCAAGCAGAACCCGUUUUUGGUAUAUCAGCUCCCUUGUUUCUGGAAUGUGCAGCUGUCAGAUCACACCCGCUCUGAGCAGUGCUAUCGAGACGUCUCCGAUCUGAAGGUUAUUCACUGGAAUUCUCCCAAAAAGCUGAGAGUCAAAAACAAACACGUGGAGUUCUUCCGGAAUCUGUACCUGACGUUCCUGGAGUAUGACGGGAACCUCCUGCGCAGGGAGCUGUUCGGCUGCCCCAGCGAGACCGACGUCAACAGCGAGAAUCUCCAGAAGCAGCUGUCAGAACUGGACGAGGACGAUCUGUGCUAUGAGUUUAGACGGGAGAGGUUCACAGUUCAUCGCACUCAUCUCUACUUCCUGCACUACGAGUAUGAGCCAGCGGCUGAUGACACCGACGUCACACUGGUGGCACAGCUCUCAAUGGACAGGCUCCAGAUGCUUGAAGCUAUCUGCAAGCAUUGGGAGGGCCCCAUCAGCCUAGCUCUGUACCUCUCAGACGCUGAAGCUCAGCAGUUCCUACGUUAUGCACAGGGUUCCGAGGUGCUGCUAAACCGACGCAAUGUUGGAUACCACAUCGUCUACAAAGAAGGACAAUUCUACCCAGUCAACCUGCUGAGGAAUGUGGCCAUGAAACACGUCAGCACCCCAUACAUGUUCCUCUCUGAUAUAGACUUCCUACCCAUGUAUGGACUCUAUGAGAGCCUCAGGAAGUCGGUUGUACAGCUGGACAUGAGUAACACCAAGAAGGCAUUGAUCAUCCCUGCUUUUGAGACCCUGCGAUAUCGACUCUCCUUCCCAAAAUCUAAAGCCGAAUUACUCUCCAUGUUAGAUAUGGGCACCUUAUUCACCUUCAGGUACCACGUCUGGACUAAGGGGCAUGCUCCCACCAACUUUGCCAAAUGGAGGACGGCGACAACUCCUUACCGCGUGGAAUGGGAGGCAGAUUUCGAACCCUAUGUGGUGCUGAGACGGAGUUGUCCAGAGUAUGACCGAAGAUUUGUUGGAUUUGGGUGGAACAAAGUGUCUCACAUCAUGGAGUUGGAUGCACAGGAAUAUGAAUUCACAGUGCUGCCUAAUGCCUACAUGAUCCACAUGCCCCAUGCCCCGAGCUUCGACAUCACUAAGUUCCGCUCAAAUAAGCAAUAUCGAAUUUGCCUGAAGACACUAAAGGAGGAAUUUCAGCAAGACAUGUCACGGCGUUAUGGAUUCACGGCUCUCAAAUACCUCACGGCAGAGAACAAUAGCUAACGAGACCUGGGGAUGGAAGGGCUCGGGUGUGCCUAACAUCUCAUGAAGACCUCAAAGACAAGACAUCGACCAUCGAUGGUUGGUUGGAGGCAGCCAGUGUUUAGAACCCUGGGUGAUUUUAGGAACAUUUACCUAUUGUCUCUUUUGCCCCCAUGACUCCAAUAAUCAUCAAAGCUGAGAACAUACUGAUGUGGAUCCAGGUAAAUAGAACUUUUCAAGGCAUUUAACUUCUCCCUUGGUGCUACAGAACAAGGCUUAGUUGUUGAAGACCUGCUUAACUUGGAGUCUCAUUUGUAACAUCCAAUCCAAGGUUGGUUAGUCAUAUCUCUUUGGGCUACUCCCUACAACCUGCUUUACCAUCGAAGAGCUCAAGUUGCCAAAUACCUUGUUCUGGAAGUUUCCACAAUGUGCUCAGUUGAGUAGUCAAAGCAGAUAUGAGUUGGAUUUUCACCACCACUAUCUGGUUGUUGGGGAUGUGAAGUAUUUAUGGGUUAAACCCAGACUCUUCCCAGGACAAUGCACAGAUGAAGUGUUCUGCAACUUGAUUGCCAGGAGGCAGAAAUUAGGAACUUGGUGUGAAAUCUCUUAAGCUUCACGCAAAAAAAAAAGUUUAAAAAAAAAGUAGCAGUGUUGACAUUGUAAAGAUCCAAAGGGCAUUUCUUUCUAUUUUUGUAUUGUAUUCAUCAAUGUAUAAAAGAAAUAUUCACCUCCUGCUUUCUCAAUGGAAGAUACAGAGCUGAGCAUUUGACAUACAAUCUUGAUCUUCAUCUAUGGUUCUUGAAUGUAAACGUGACACACUAUAUCAUGAUGCCGAGCAUCUCUUGAUGGUGACAUCUUCAUCAUGGACAUAAGAAGACUUUAUGCCUGGAACACUAAAUGCCUUUUGUUUUUGGUGUGGAGAGCAGGCUUAUUUCUUUUUAGUCUGUCAGUUUUUUUUUUCUGCGUAAUUAGUGAUGGUCCUGCUGGGCAUCAGAAAGACAAUGAUGUGCUUGGACAUCUGUAGGGCUUUGCCAUAUACUGUGGCAUGUUUAUUUUCAGGAAAAUCAUAGCUUUGUACGUUCCCGGAAAGCCCAGAACAACAUUACUAUGCAAUGUCUUACUGGACUUUCGUCUUGGAACAGAGUCCAUGUCCAUGGUGGCCAACACAUGAGAAGAGGUUCAGAAACUUGUGCAUGGAAAGGGUGACGAAUAUUUCCCAGGGAUUCAAUACAGUAUAAAGACACCAUCACAGAAAGUUCCAUCCCACCUUAGAGAGUGUUGAUGGACGUUUGUGGAUAUGGAUGAGUUAUAACCCAAUGGAUUUUUCCACUAUUUUUUACCAUUCAGAAUUAAUUGUCAUGUUUACAAAGAGGACAUUAAGUCUAAUGCACUAGACCUGCAGUUGGCGGCUGCUUGUUAACCAAUGGAAGACGACGUUCGGAGACGGAGGGGAAAAAAACACAAUACAGUGUCCUGUUCUCAUCUGACAUAUAUAGUAGGUCCCCAUAAUGUGUGUGUCAAAUCAUGAAUCUUAUACACACAUACAUAUUAAAAGAUUCCAAGGCUAGGGCUCAAGUUGAGGGAAAAGGAAAGAUGUCUUGAAGAUAAGGAGAACAUUGAGGCCAAAGCUGCUCACCGUAGCUUGUCUAGUCCUUUAGGGCCAGGGUCACA